UAAACAGCACUGCCGCCCUCGAACGCCAGUUUAGUGAUAGUGCGAGUGAUCUAACUGCAAUCCCGACGUCUCCGCUCGGCGAAAUCGCGAUUGAUGAGAAUGAUAUCAUUAUCGCUGUCAUGGGUCCUACUGGCGCCGGGAAGAGCACUACCCGCUGCGAACGCUGGUCAUGAUUUGAUGUCGUAUACAAAGGAAAUGCGCCCGGUCCGAUAUCCUCAUUCCGAUGGCAUCCGCAACAUUGUUUUAGUUGAUACUCCUGGGUUCGACGAUACGUUCAUGACGGAUGCCCAGAUUCUUAGGCAAAUUGCGCAUUGGUUGAAUGCGACCUACAAAAAGAACAUCAAACUGAGUGGCGUGUUGUAUUUGCACCGAAUUUCAGAUAAUAGGGUAUCAGGGACACCGUUAAGGAACUACAAUAUGUUCAGGGAAUUAUGUGGAAAGGAGAACUUCAAGAAUGUCGUCCUCGUUACUACGAUGUGGGAUGAAGUCACUGAAGAGGUUGGCUCAGCACGCGAAAACGAACUGCAGUCCGACUUCUGGCGGUCCAUGAUCAACUUGGGAUCAACCAUUCAUCGCUUCGACGGGACAGUGGAAUCUGCUUGGAAAAUUAUUAGUUGCCUUUCCGUGGCACCACCCGUUCAGCGUCGUCCACUUCAAAUCCAGCGAGAAAUGGUUGAUAACCAUGUGCCACUUCACAGGACAGCGGCAGGAAGAGCCGUCAUGGCGACUCUCACUGACCUCAUGUCGGGUGUCAAGGGAAUUUUCAAGCGGCUCAAGAAUGGUACAAAGAGGUCUCGUAGCCCGGUUCCACAAGAUAGCAAGCGUCUUCAAAGAUCACCUUCGUUGCUUUCGAGAAGUUCAUUUACUACCUCCUCCGAUACCUCCUCCAACAGUCGGUCUGUUGGGUCGGGGAUCAUAAGCCUUAGCAGUUCCGGAACUUGCAGCACAGAGGGCUAUCGGGGUAGUUUGGUUCGGGUAAUUCCUGUUCUGCAAGCUGCUCUUGGCGUGGCAGAACUUGUUCGUAUACCUCAUCUCAAGGACGUGAUUUCUCCAUCUCUCAGCAUUGCUCUGUCAAUUAAGACCAUGACGGGAACGCACCACGUACUUUUUCAAGUCUUGGAAACUGCUACGCUCCUGAUUAACGUAGUUGCUGAACAUACAAAACAGACCAGGUUACCAGCAGAGAUAAAGACAGCAAUCAAAGAUUUUGCAAAGCAAAUGAGUGACGUGCAAGGAAUCGUCCAGAACGUUGCACAGAAGCAAUCUGAAGCACGGCAGGUCCUUCAAUCAACAGAUGCUCGUAUUAUUUCAGCCUGUGCGAAUUCGAUGCGGCUUUCGACGCCCUGCUUGAGAACGGGCCUCCGCGCCGUGGAUGAUAGCUUAGGAGCAUUGAAGCGGAGCUUAGAGAUUGAUAGUUGCAGUUGCGGCGUCCCCAGAGAACCUGUACAACCCGUCACGAAAGCCAUAUCCCACGCUUCAGAUUAGCUACACGCAUACCACAGGUUGGUGUUUGUGAAUCCUCCACUAGCAUACUAUCGCAUAUUUUCUCCACAACCCAAGACUGUAAAUUAUGAUCAACUCAAUGGCUUGUAGUAUUGUCC